CUGAGAGUGAAAGAGGCAGAAAUGGUGAGAGAAAAAGACAACAUGGAUAACAAGAUGGCUAGGCUCAAAGAGGAAGAGGAUGGAAUGCGGGAAGAAAUAGGAAGGAAGAUGGACAUCUUAAAGAAGGAAAGUUGUGAAAUCAAAAGACUUAGAGAUGAAAUUGACAGUGAAAAGGACCAGCUGAAUGCAAAAUUGCUUGAGUUGGAAAAAAUGUGUGAAGAACUAGAUAGAGAGAAGAAGGAAGUGAACAACAGGAAGGAUGAAACACUGAAAGAGAAAGAUCAGUUGGAAGAGAGGCGAGGUAAGAUACGUAAGGAGAAAGAGGAAUUGGAUAUCAGUCUAGAACUGAUGAAAAGACAAAGGGAAGACUUGACAAGCUUGAAGGCUGAAGCAGAAGCACAGACCGAGCCUAUGGAAAUAGACUGGAAGGAAAAGCUCACGAGCGAAAGACAACAACUUGAAGAUGUAAAGGAGGAGAUACAGAAGGAAAAAGAAGCCUUUGAGAGAAAGAAGGGAUUGACCAUGAAAGAAAGAGAUGAGUUUGAUCUGAUGAAGUCUGAAACCCAGGGACAAUUGGAGGAAAUAGGACAAAACAAACAAGACAUUCGUGUGGAGAAGGAAAAGCUGGAUCAGAUCAAAGCUGAGUUAGAAAGACGGUCUGAAGACGUGAAUCAGGUCAUGGAUGAGACAAGACGGGAGAGGGGGAAGGUUGAAGAACUAGCUAUCCAAACUCAAAAACAAAGAGAAGAAAUGGUGGGUUUUAUGGAAAAGAACAAACAAAAGCAGAACGAACUGGAACUCAUGAAUGACAAGAUUGAAAGAGAGAAACAAGACAUUGAAGAAAGUCGGGAUGUGCUAACAAAGGAGAGAGAGGAGCUGGAACAAAUGAGGAGUGAGAUACAGCAACAGAGAGAGGAGACAGAAUCUCACAUGGAAGACCAAAGGAAAGAGAAAGAACAUUUGGAACAAAUGACAACGGACAUGAAAAAACAGUUGCUAGAGGUGGAUAAUGACAAGGAAAUUAUAGAAAGCUCAAUGGGUGAACUGAGAGUGAAAGAGGCAGAAAUGGUGAGAGAAAAAGACAACAUGGAUAACAAGAUGGCUAGGCUCAAAGAGGAAGAGGAUGGAAUGUGGGAAGAAAUAGGAAGGAAGAUGGACAUCUUAAAGAAGGAAAGUUGUGAAAUCAAAAGACUUAGAGAUGAAAUUGACAGUGAAAAGGACCAGCUGAAUGCAAAAUUGCUUGAGUUGGAAAAAAUGCGUGAAGAACUAGAUAGAGAGAAGAAGGAAGUGAACAACAGGAAGGAUGAAACACUGAAAGAGAAAGAUCAGUUGGAAGAGAGGCGAGGUAAGAUAAGUAAGGAGAAAGAGGAAUUGGAUAUCAGUCUAGAACUGAUGAAAAGACAAAGGGAAGACUUGACAAGCUUGAAGGCUGAAGCAGAAGCACAGACCGAGCCUAUGGAAAUAGACUGGAAGGAAAAGCUCACGAGGGAAAGACAACAACUUGAAGAUGUAAAGGAGGAGAUACAGAAGGAAAAAAGAAGCCUUUGAGAGAAAGAAGGGAUUGACCAUGAAAGAAAGAGAUGAGUUUGAUCUGAUGAAGUCUGAAACCCAGGGACAAUUGGAGGAAAUAGAACAAAACAAACAAGACAUUCGUGUGGAGAAGGAAAAGCUGGAUCAGAUCAAAGCUGAGUUAGAAAGACGGUCUGAAGACGUAAAUCAGGUCAUGGAUGAGACAAGACGGGAGAGGGGGAAGGU